CACACCAUAUAAGGGGCCCCAGGGCUUGACUGUUAUCACUUUCUGCAGAGAGAUCUAUUCUAGGUUGCCUGUCCCACCAUCCGAGCAGAGGCCUGCCCGUAUCCGGGUGUUUGGUCGUCCCGACAACAGGGAAAAGAAAGGAGUUUAUUAAUCCAAGAAGGUUUUCCUUGAAACUCUCUUCAAAAUGAGCAAUUACACAGUAACUUUAAGCGGACCAGCACCGUGGGGAUUCAGGCUGCAGGGAGGCAAAGAUUUCAACAUGCCGCUGACCAUCUCUCGGAUCACGCAGGGCAGCAAAGCGGCAAGUGGAAGCCUCAAUCAAGGUGACAUCAUCACCGCAAUCGAUGGGGUCAGCACUGAGGGAUUGACCCAUCUGGAGGCCCAGAACAAGAUUAAGUCUGCCACCACCAAACUGAGUCUCACCAUGCAGAGGUCGAGACGUCCUGCUCCUGUACCCACAGCCACUCCAAGAAUGGACUCACCCAUGCCAGUUAUUCCUCACCAGAAGGUCAUUGCCAACACAGCUGCCAACCAAGAGUACGUUCCCAGCUUCAAUCCCAUCGCACUGAAGGACUCAGCUCUAUCUACUCACAAGCCCAUAGAGGUGAAGGGCCCCGGGGGAAAAGCCACCAUCAUUCAUGCCCAGUACAACACUCCUAUUAGUAUGUACUCUCAGGAUGCCAUUAUGGACGCCAUUGCUGGUCAAUCCCAAGCCAGAGGCAAUGAGAUGAGUGAUGACCCCGCUGGAUCUCCCCUGUCUUCACUUCCCAUUAAGGACCCUCUUGUGGACAGUGCUUCUCCUGUCUACCAGGCUGUGAUCAAACCCGAUGAUAGGGAACCUGAGAUGUCUGAGUGGGCCCGGCGUGCUGCCAACCUGCAGUCCAAGUCCUUCCGCAUGCUCGCUCAUAUCACAGGAACGGAGUAUAUGCAAGAUCCAGAUGAGGAGGCUCUUAGAAAAUCGAGGGAGAAAUUUGAAUCAGAGGUAAAAGGCCCACGGUUUGCCAAACUGAAAAACUGGCAUAAUGGUCUGUCUGCACAGAUCCUUAACAUCCAAGGGUAAAUCCCAGCUGAUGCUACUGGACAGAAGUUACUAAAAUAAAAAUCAAGAAGGAUAAGAGAAGGCCGUGUAAAAUAAGGGUGCAAUAAGCAGAGAAGAUGAUUCUAGUGACUGGAAUGUGAGUUAGAGUUAUAAACCAGCCUGAAAGUUAAUAAAAAAGCUUCUGUGUUUGAUGUCCAUAUGUAUGUUUGUUCAAUGUGACUUUCAGCCAAUGAAACAUAGUGCAUAGUUCUCAGUUGUCUUUUUUUCAUUCUUUUUCCUUUUCUUUUGGUUGCAUCUGUUAUCCUAAAUUAUUGCUGAUUGACAAAUUGCCUUAAUUAAUUGCUUGUGUAAAGAAUUAAACCUGAGAGAAAGUAUAAAAUAUAAGUACCACAUCCACUACAUUACAUUACAGCACAGCACGCAUUGAAAUACAAACCAAAUGUACUAUUGUUAAUGUGAAUAAACAUUAUUACUUUUAACCAA